AUGGAGCCAGGUGAGGGGAACAGGACAAUUGUCAUUGAGUUCAUCCUGCUCAGCGUGACAGAGAACAUAAGACUGCAACCUGUCCUUUUUGCCAUCUUCCUCUUGGCCUACCUGGUCACAGACAGGGGAAAUGUCAGCAUCCUGGCAGCCAUCUUUGUGGAGCUCAAACUCCACACCCCCAUGUACUUCUUCCUGGGGAAUCUGUCCUUGCUGGACAUCAGGUGCAUCACUGUCACUGUCCCUCCAAUGCUGGCCUAUCUCCUGGCCCGCCAGUGCAGGGUUUCCUUUACGUCCUGCAUUUCACAGCCCUUCUUUUUCCACCUCCUGGCCAGCAUGGACUGUCACCUCUUGACAGUCAUGGUCUAUGACCAUUACCUGGCCAUCAGCCGGCCCCUCAUCCAUAGCACCAACAUGAAGACUGAGGUCCAGGGUGCCCUGGUGGGCAUCUUCUGCACCAUCUCCUUCACCAAUGCUCUGAAUCACACCGUGGCUGUGUCCACACUGGACUUCUGUGGCCCUAACACAGUCAACCACUUCUACUGUGACCUCCCACCCCUUUUCCAGCUCUCCUGCUCCAGCACUUACCUCAAUGGGUAACUGCUUUUUGUGGGGACCACCUUCAUGGGGGUGAUCCCCAUGAUCCUCAUCUCAGUGUCCUAUGCCCAUGUCACAGUUGCAGUGCUACGAAUCCACUCUGCUGAGGGGAGGAAGAAGGCCUUCUCCACAUGUGGCUCCCACCUCACUAUAGUCUGUAUCUUUUAUGGAACCAGCUUCUUCUGCUACAUGUGUUAGGGCUCAGUCUCAGCCUCAGACAUGGACAACGGAAUUGGAAUCCUCAACACUAUCCUCAGCCCCAUGCUGAACCCAUUCAUCUAUAGCCUCUGGAACCCUGAUGUUCAGGGCACCCUGAAGAGUGUGCUGAUGGGAAAGAGGCCCCCCAAAUGA